GAGGGUGAAGGAGGUAGGGCAGGGAGAGAGAUGGCACCAGUGGGAUUGCCUCCAGGUUUUAGGUUUCAUCCCACUGACGAAGAGCUUGUGAAUUAUUAUCUCAAGAGGAAGAUUCAUGGUCAAGAGAUUGAACUUGACAUCAUUCCUGAAGUUGAUCUCUACAAAUGUGAGCCUUGGGAAUUAGCAGAGAAAUCGUUUUUGCCCAGUAGAGACCCAGAGUGGUACUUUUUUGGACCGAGGGACAGGAAAUAUCCGAAUGGAUUUAGAACAAAUAGAGCAACCAGAGCAGGAUACUGGAAGUCCACAGGGAAAGAUCGGAGGGUUUCAUCUCAGAAUCGAGCAAUUGGAAUGAAGAAGACAUUGGUUUACUACAGGGGCCGAGCUCCUCAAGGAAUCAGAACUGACUGGGUUAUGCAUGAAUAUCGCCUCGAUGAUAAGGAGUGUGAGGACAAUCCUGGGAUUCAGGACACAUAUGCAUUGUGUCGUGUGUUCAAGAAAAAUGGAGGGUGUUCUGAAAUAGAAGAGCAAGGGCAACCUAGCAUAUCACUGCUUGAAUAUUCACAAGGUGUCAUAAACGAAUACGAGACAAUGUCGCCGGACGUUCCUUUAGGAGCCUCAUCCUCAUGCAUGGAGGAAGAAGAUAAAGAUGAUUCAUGGAUGCAAUUCAUCACAGAUGAUGCAUGGUGUUCUUCCAACGCUCCCACCGGUGGUGAAGAGGUCUCUCAAGGGGCAUUCAUGAAUUAAACAUAAAUUGGAUGGGUGCUCAAUAAUGUGUGAUUCGAAUAUAUGUUUUACUUAAUAAGACAUAUACCUUUACGAGAAUUUUCUGAAAAUUUCUAUGUUCUAUACUUGAUUAUCGUUAAUUGUAUUUAAUUUCUUCUCUCGCUGUUUUUCAAAAGAGAAGUGGAUUCCUGAGCUCCUGUUUGGGAGUAUCAAUGGUGGUUUCUAGUCUCAUUGAUGUGGUUGGGAAUAUCUGUAAAGCCGAUUUAUCAUAGGGCUCUACAGAUGUGGGUUUUGGACCUCUUUGUUGGGGGUACAUGGUGUUAUUUGUUGAAUAAAAGGCAUGUAUGU